AUGGUAACGAUCGAAGAGGUCAGAGUUGGAAGAGCUGGAAGAAGCGAUCAGGGAUUUUUGGCGCAACCUGAUAAAGAACGCACAGAAGGGUGUAUUAAUUUAUCGGCAAAAUGCUAUCAUACUCUAUAUAUUAGCCUUCAAGUUCAAGUUCUCCCAAUGAUUGUGUCUGUUAAGGAAUCAGUAAAGUUAUAUCAAAUUAAUAAUACUUUAAAACUAAACUUUCUCACAAGGUAUGAUUUCUUGCAUUUACAGGUUGAGAGACAGACUGCGUGGCGUUAUCUCGAACUUCAAUCAUUUAUCAGUGUUGGCACAUUUGCGAUAGUGGAAAGAUAG